GUAUUUGAUUUUGUUCAUAUUAAAGCUCCAGCUUCUAAAGUCCACCCUGCUGCUGAGGAACAGCUGGAGCAGGACAUCCCAGACAAAGGCCACAUCCGCAGCAAUUAUAAAAUCGGCCUAAAACUUGGUCAAGGAGGAUAUGGCUUUGUCUACGAAGGGACUCGCUGCAAGGAUGGACUUGAGGUGGCUGUGAAAUUUUCAGUGAAGUCCCCUAACAUGGCAUACAUCAGAGUGCCUGAUCAUCCCAAAGUUGUCCCCAUGGAAAUAGGCCUGACACUCAUGGCCAAUAAGAGCCCCAGAAGUCCUCAGAUCAUAAAGCUUCUGGACUGGGAGGACAACGAAGACCAUUACAUCAUGGUCAUGGAGCGGCCCAUGCCCUGCGUGGACUUGAAAAGCUUUGUAAAGCUCCACGGAGAGAGUCUUGAUGAGGGGACAGCACGAAAGGUCAUGCGGCAGGUCAUCAAAGCUGCUAAUGUUUGCAUCACACGUGGUGUCUUUCAUCGGGACAUCAAGAUGGAGAACCUACUGGUGAACCAGAACACCAUGGCGGUGAAACUGAUUGACUUCGGGUGUGGUGCGCAAAUGAAGAAAUCUGGCUACGAAGUCUUUAGUGGCACAAAAGCAUACUGUCCACCAGAGGUCACCGUGAACGGGAGAUACCACGCAAAGCCGACAACAGUGUGGUCGCUAGGGAUCCUCCUGUUCAUGAUGGCAUGUGGAUAUUAUCCCACAGGCUACGACCUGGAACUGAUCAGUAAGAGGAGAUGGACCAGACCUGGCCUGUCACAAGAAUGCUGCCAGAUGAUUUCUUCAUGUCUGCAGUCUGAUCCACAGCAGAGGAUCGACCUGGAGAAGAUGCAUCUCCAUGACUGGUUUAAGGUCAUGGAGUAAGACAUGAAGAACCUUAGAAAACAACACCUGUCACAGGCUUUGCGUCUGGUGGGCUGAUAUGAGUGGCUUUUCCAUCCCUCCACUCACACCUUAGCAUCUUCCGGGGCCGGCAUGUCCUGGUAGAGUCUGGCGCCUCAAAUUGAAGCAGCAAUACCUGGAUCUGGCAGUCCUGCUUGCUUAGAGAUGUCUAAAUAAUAGUUAUUUAUAUAGUCUUUUAGGAAAAGUGUAAGUUAAGAGUUUGAGCUGUGUAUAAGUGUAUAAGAUAAUUUAAAAAGAUAAUUGUAUAAGAAUUUA